AUGUCCUUGAAUCCUGAAUCAGAUACCAGCAGCACCCCGACUAUCACUGGCAGCGCACAACGUCGUGGUGCUGUUGGAGUGCUCGAUGGCAUGAAGCGCAUGUUGGCCGAGGGAGAGUUCAGCGAUGUGCAGUUUGAAGUCGGACGCCUGUUUGGCCCAGUAAAAAAGUUCCGCGCGCACAAGAACAUUCUGAGCAGAAGAUCCGAAGUGUUCUACACCAUGAUUCGUAAAAGUGUGGCUUACACCAUGAUUCGUAACGGUGUGCCCGAAACUUGUCCGCUGGUUAUUCCCGUCCCAGACACUCCUCCCGAGGCCUUCGCUAAUCUGCUCUGUUAUGUGUACACUGAUUUGGUGGAAGGCAUCAACGCAGACAACGUCUUCCCUACACUGCACUGUGCUGACAAAUUCGGUUUGCUCUUAUUGCUUGAUUUCUGUUGUGACUUCAUUAUCAAGCAGCUGAAUGCUGAUAACUGCUUGGCCACACUGGAAGAUGCCAACCGUUGGUGCCCGGAUUUCGAUGCGAUUGUGGAGAAGUGCUUGGAUGUCGUUGCGGCAUCCAGCGAGCUCCUUCUGCCAUCGGAGCAGUUUAGCAGCAUCGGACACAAGAGCCUUCUGAUGAUUCUCGAGCGUGUAGCGCUGUCCGCAGACGAUAACGCCGUGUACGCGGCCGUGAACACGUGGGCGCUGAAGACUUGUGAAAAACGCAACUUGGAACCGUCCGCCGCCAACCGACACGAAGUGCUGGGACCGCUGCUGCUCCUGGUCCACUUACCUGACGCUGAAUCACCAGCUGACCCGAUUGAGGGUGAACCUGUGCGGCCCAUCAAGUUACCACCAAACCCGCGCCGUGAUCUCCAGCACCGCAUCGGCCCCGACGUGUACCGGCAUCGCGAAGCGGUCUUCGCACCCAGCUGCAGCGGAUACUGGAGUCCCGGGGAAGUGGUGGACACGCUGGAAAGGGGAGUUGUCAUCGAGUGGUGCCGAUACGGACACAUGUCCAGUACAGAACAGGGGCACGUUGCGCGGGCGGCGGAUAUUCUGCAGCGGGGUCAGCGGGUGCAUUGCUGGGGGGACAUGGACCCGUACCGCUAUUGUAUGCGACGCAGUGGCAAGCAUUGGGUGGAGGGCAUGGACGGCCGUGGUGAGAUUGGUCUUUUUGUUCCGUUUCCGUUUUGCUCGCACAUGAACCAUGGUUCAGAAACUUCCGGCGUAUCUGUACACCGCACCGCUACACGCGGGCGGUACGGCUCGCUUUCCAUCAUAAUGCGGGCCGCAUCGGACGGGCUGACAGCCAGCCAGUGA